AUCUGCCGCACCGGUCCCCCAGCGACGCUGCUCUCCGGCUCUUCCUCCUGUCAGGCCGGCCGGGCCAUGCCUUCGCGGAUGCUCUUCCUCGGCGGCGCCGGCGCCUGCGGGGUCUGCGGGGCUUCGGCGGCGACCAGGCGGGUCCGGCUGCUCCUGCGACAGGUGGCGGCCUCGGGAAGCGGCGGCGCCGGGAGCGCCCGCACCGGCCGGGCCCGGCUUCUGCACUCGACCGGCAAGGCCGAAGGCGAUACUGUUACUAUUGGAGAUGUGUCAUACAAACUCAAAAUUCCAAGAAAUCCAGAACUUGUCCCAGUGAACUACAUUUCAGACUCAGUGGCUCAGUCUGUAAUCCAGCAUUUAAGAUGGAUCAUGCAAAAAGACCUUUUGGGCCAAGACGUCUUUCUCAUAGGACCACCUGGGCCUCUUCGGCGAUCAAUUGCCAUGCAGUACUUGGAGCUGACCAAGCGAGAAGUGGAGUACAUUGCACUCUCCAGGGACACAACAGAAACAGAUCUCAAACAGCGGAGAGAGAUCCGAGCUGGGACUGCUUACUACAUUGAUCAGUGUGCCGUACGAGCAGCCACUGAAGGCAGAAUCUUGGUUCUGGAAGGCUUGGAGAAGGCCGAGCGGAAUGUCUUACCCGUCUUGAACAAUUUACUGGAGAACCGGGAGAUGCAACUUGAAGAUGGCCGUUUUCUCAUGUCAGCAGAACGUUAUGACAAACUGCUGAAGGAGCAUAAUAAAUCAGAGUUGGAUGCGUGGAAGAUUGUUAGAGUCAGUGAAAACUUCAGAGUCAUUGCCCUGGGCCUUCCCGUCCCCCGAUACUUGGGUAACCCAUUAGAUCCACCUCUGCGAUCUAGAUUUCAAGCAAGAGAUGUUUAUUAUCUACCGUUUAAGGACCAUCUUUCACAGUUAUAUUGUAUUGGACCUAACGUUUCAACUGAGAGAAUUUCUAAACUUUUGUCAUUUGCAACUACUUUUUGCACCCAAGAAUCUUCUGCCCUGGGUCUCCCUGAUUUUCCUCUGGACACGUUGGCAUCUGCUGUGCAGAUUCUGAACUGCUUGCCUAUGAUGUCAAUCCAGCAUAUAAUCAGGUGGCUUUAUCCAUAUAAUGUUCUUUUGGGGCGGGAAGGCAAGACAGCUGUAGAAGAUGCAUUAAAGCGAUUUGAGCUCCAGGAUUCAGAAAGACCUGUUGUACCUACAAGAGUUUUAAGUGUGAACAAGAGGGAGGAUGGCAAGGUUUUGCAGGCUGACGUGACAAUUCAAAUAGCCGGGGAAGCUGUGACAUUUCAGGUUCCUGCUGGGACUAGGCCACUAAACCUGCAUUCUGGGACAGACAAUUUCAUUAAGACUCCCAGCCAUGAACAGCAAUUGGCAGAAAUGAUAUUGUCCCACAUGGUUAAAGAUAUCUGUUUGAUUGGAGAAAAAGGUUGUGGCAAAACAGUUCUUGCUAAGGAAUUUGCAACUGCAUUAGGGUAUAACAUAGAACCCGUCAUGCUAUAUCAGGAUAUGACAGCCCGAGAUCUACUGCAGCAGAGGUACACUCUCCCUAAUGGGGACACUUCCUGGAGACCAUCUGCACUUAUAACAGCUGCCCUGGAGGGGAAGCUUGUUAUUUUGGAUGGGAUUCACCGUGUCAACCCAGGAACCCUAGCUGUUCUGCAAAGGUUGAUUCAUGACAGAGACAUUACUCUGUAUGAUGGCACUAGAUUGCUCAGGAAUGAGAGAUAUCAGAAGUUGAAAGAAGAUCUACAACUCUCCGAUGAGGAACUACAACAAAGGUCCAUUUUCCCCAUUCAGCCUUCCUUUAGGAUAAUUGCCUUAGCAGAGCCGCCUGUCCUAGGAAGCUCCACGCAGCAAUGGCUGGGCCCAGAGCUCUUGACGCUUUUCCUUUUCCAUGACAUAAAGCCUCUGAGCAAGAGUGAAGAAAUUAAAGUUAUUAAAGGGGUGGUUCCAAAUGUUCCUAGUGCUGCAGUGGAGCAGCUGUUGAAAUUAGCACACAAACUCCGCGAGACAAAUGAUCCCACUGCUCAGUCAUUGGCAUCCUCCUUGUCUACACGGCAGCUAUUGAGAAUUUGUCGGCGUCUAUCUCAGUACCCUGAUGAAAGACUCUAUGACGCUGUCAAUAAAGCUUGUCUUUCCAGGUUUUUACCCAACCUUGCAAAAUCUGCUUUACAUAAAAAUCUGCUGGACUCUGGAAUUGAAGCAAGCCCCAUUGAAACUCUGGAAAUGGAGGGGAAAGGCUAUAGCUGUGAAGUGGACUCGGGAACCCUGAAGAUUGGGGCAGUCACAAUCCCGAUUUAUAACCCCUUAGAGAGGAUGAAAGUGCCCGAUGUUCUCUUCUAUGAAAAUACCCAACAUAUGAUGGUGAUGGAAGAUAUGCUAAAAGACUUUUUGCUUGGCGAACACCUUCUCUUGGUUGGCAACCAGGGUGUGGGGAAAAAUAAGGUGGUUGACAGAUUCCUUCACCUGCUCAAUCGACCAAGAGAGUAUUUGCAAUUGCACAGAGACACGACCGUGCAGAGUCUUACGCUUCAGCCUUCGGUUAAAGAUGGUCAUAUUGUCUAUGAGGAUUCUCCACUAGUGAAAGCUGUCAAAAAGGGGCACAUUCUGGUUAUUGACGAGGCAGACAAGGCCCCAACAAAUGUCACCUGCAUUUUGAAAACCUUGGUGGAAAGUGGAGAAAUGAUUCUGUCUGAUGGAAGGCGCCUUCUUGCCAACUCUGCUAGUGUGAGUGGAAGAGAAAAUGUGGUGGUAAUUCAUCCAGAUUUCAGAAUGAUCGUUCUAGCAAACAGACCUGGAUUUCCGUUUUUGGGCAAUGACUUUUUUGGAACACUAGGAGAUAUUUUUAGCUGCCAUGCUAUUGAUAAUCCCAAACCAAGCUCUGAGCUUGCAAUGCUUCGACAAUACGGGCCUGCGGUUCCUGAGCCAGUCCUGCAGAAACUGGUGGCUGCUUUUGGAGAGCUCAGAAGCUUGGCCGACCAAGGAAUUAUCAAUUAUCCUUACUCAACGAGAGAAGUAGUGAAUAUAGUCAAGCAUUUACAGAAAUUUCCAACAGAAGGGCUUGCCAACGUUGUCAGGAAUGUGUUUGAUUUUGACUCCUACAAUAACGAAAUGCGUGAGAUUUUAAUCCGGACUCUGCAUAAACAUGGAAUCCCAAUUGGAGCAAAACCCACCAAUGUACACCUGGCUAAGGAGUUGCCAUUGCCAGUUGCAAAAUUAAUGGGCUACUGGAAAGCCAGCCAGCUGGGUAAUGCACAGCAGAAACUUUUGUGCCCAACUAAAACACAUCACAUAGAUAUAAAGGGUCCAAUGUACUUAAAUGUGCAGGCAUUUCCGCUGGAAAGACACGAAGCCAGAUCCCUGAGCUUUACAGAAGAACGUGCCUUUUGGUCGCUGCCUUUGAAUGAAGUUAAUUUAGUGUGCGAUGUUGCUGUGGCGCAAGCAGAAGACGCCCUUUAUGUGGCUACAUGCAAUCCUGUGUCCUUAUAUGUCAUGGAUCCGGCCAGUAAGAAUGGAUGCAUUAUAGACUUGUAUGACAUCUUCCCAAGGACCGUUGGUGGAAUAUGGCAACCGUUUGUCACAUUGGCACCUCUGGGUAACCCUCUCAAAGGUCAAGUAGUUCUACACGAAGAGCAGAGCAAUGUUAUUCUAUUAGUGGACAUGAACACUGGAUCCAUACGCCGACUUUUACUGUCGCCAGAUGUGAAAGAGGGUCCUAAAAGCUCAUCCUGGUGGGGCAGGAAGGAAGAGCAGAAGAGUCACAAAAUGUGCAGGGAGUUUUCACACAAAAACUGGCUGGUCUUCUAUAAAGAAGAAGGGAGUCACCUUACUGUUUUAGAUGUCCUGGAAGGCCAUGCUCACACCAUCGCGCUGCCUAUCAAACUCUCCUCCGUCUUUUUGGUGGCUGAAGACCACUGGCUCCUGGUCGAGAGCAAAACAAACCAAAAAUAUCUUUUAACUAAGCCUACGCAUAUGGAAUCUGAAAUGAAUGGAAUUUGCCAGUUACACGCACUGAAUGAAGAGCCAGCGGAGACCGAAUCUGGGAUAAAAACAGAACUGCAUAUGCCACAGGCAGUUUCAUGUGACCAGUUGUCUUCUGAAAACCUAAGUGUAGCACUUGGGCAGAAGAUCAGCUCCCCCAACAGAAUGCUCUCCGAUGAACAUAAUUAUGCUUCUCUCAUCGUUGGAUUUCCACACCUCAUGUCUCCCAAUGAGGUUUACAGCUGGAAGAGGGACUCUGUCCUGGGCCAGAGGCAGCCUUUGGCUUCUGAUCCCUUGUAUUAUGGAAAGCGCAGCAAAGGUGGAGCAGCAAAGCGACCAAAUUGUGUGACUCUUGCAGCUGCCAAUCAGGUGGUCAGGGUUCUGGCUCCUGGAGAUGUGCCUUUGAAAGAACUUUAUCCCAAAGAUGUUACUCCUCCCGAAGCUGCUGGUUACCUGGAAAUUACGGAUCUUACAACAAAGAAACUUAAAUAUAUUCCUAUUCCCAGACCAACGAACCUGACUCCCUAUACAUCAUGGCUCUCGGCGAUUUCAGACACGGACGUCUUGCUGGCCGCACUCGGCGAAGCAGGUGUGGUCACUGUUGACAUGGGUGGAAAUGUCAGGCUCUGGGAAACCAGCUUGGAAAGUCUUCAGAGAUCACUCCAUGAAUGGAGAACCAUGAUUGGAGAAGAGAAUGGCAGGCCUGUGCAGAUAACUAUCGAGAGAGAAAGCGGUUUGGAUGUCAGCUCUCCUAAGCAUGGGAAGAUAGAUCCAGAUAAUACUCCUCAUGUUGGUGGAAACAUGUGGGCUGGUGGAACAGGUGGAAGAGACACGGCUGGGCUGGGCGGCAAAGGCGGUCCGUACCGACUGGAUGCUGGCCACAAGGUCUACCAGGUGUCUCAAGCGGAGAAAGAUGCUGUGCCUGAAGAGGUGAAGAAAGCCGCCAGGGAGAUGGGAGAAAAGGCUUUUAAACAGAGACUAAAAGAAAUCCAGAUGAGUGAAUAUGAUGCGUCUACAUAUGAGAGGUUCUCUGGAGCUGUUCGACGGCAAGUUCAUUUACUCCGAAUCAUCCUGGAUAAUUUACAGGCGAAAGGAAAGGAAAGACAGUGGCUCAGGAACCAGGCCGUUGGAGAACUAGAUGAUGCCAAGAUAAUUGACAGUCUGACAGGAGAAAAAACUAUCUAUAAGCGACGGGGAGAUCUUGACCCACAACUGGGGAGCCCUCAGCAAAAGCCCAAACGCCUCCGCCUGGUCGUGGACGUCUCUGGCAGCAUGUACCGCUUCAACGGGGUGGACGGGCGGCUGGAGCGCUCCAUGGAAGCUGUUUGCAUGGUUAUGGAAGCCUUUGAGAAUUACGAGCAGAAAUUUAAGUAUGACAUCACUGGGCAUUCGGGAGAUGGUUUUAACAUUGCCGUGGUCCAAAAUGACAAUGUUCCGAAGAACAAUAAACAAAGAUUGGAAAUUUUGAAGAUAAUGCAUGCCCACGCACAGUUCUGUAUGAGUGGCGACCACACUCUGGAGGGCACAGAGCAUGCCAUUCGGGAGAUUGCGAAAGAAGAGGCAGACGAGUACUUCGUCAUAGUCUUAAGCGAUGCCAACCUUGAGCGAUACGGCAUCCCCGCAGCACGGUUUGCUCAAGCCUUGACCAUCAACCCCAAAGUGAACGCAUUUGCCAUAUUCAUAGGUUCCUUAGGAGAUCAGGCAGACAGGUUGCAAAGGACGCUGCCAGCCGGCCGUUCCUUUAUUGCCAUGGACACCAAGGACAUCCCCCAGAUUCUACAGCAGAUCUUCACCUCCACCAUGCUGUCAAACGCUUAGGAAGGGGCCUGCUUUUAAUCUGUAACUGGUCAGUUGUAUAUGGGAAGCACCUUGGCGGAGUUUAAGAGGGUGAUCUAAUUCUAGUAACACUGGGCGGAAUCUAGCGUUGUACGGGUGGACUUUGUGCUUCCGUAAAGGGACUUCGCCUCCCUCCCCAAGCCCACGCGCCUCAAUGUUUUCUGUGGAAGGAGGAGCCUUCAACAUGAUUAGAGGAGAGAGGAUUGGAAGAUGUUGCCUUCUACACGUGUAAGUGCUGCUCAUGGAUGGCACAGAAUACAACCCGUAGGCUUUCAAUUGGAAUAAGUACUAUACUUUAUAUUGGAGUAUAUAUUGUACUUAAAUGGGCGUAUCUACCUAUUACUGCUACAUUUGAGUAAAAACCUUAGUGGGUUUUUUUAAAAGAAACCCCACCCACAUUAAAAGCUUUCAGUAAUUUAAACUUUCCAUCUACAGUUUGCUUAGACACUGACUUGCACUGAAUAUCUGUCUACUGCAGGCAUGUCCAAAAUCCCUAAUCCGGCCUGCUGGUCAGUUUAAUCCGGCACUUGUGGCAGUUUAUUUCCUGAGUAAAAUCCUAAAAAAACCUCAACAACUUUGGUUGGCCCUCAUGGCGCUUCACUUCAUCAAAUCUGGCCCUCUUUGAAAAGUUUGGACACCACUGAUCUACUGCAAAAAGCAGGAUGUUUUGUCAUUUCCCAUUGAUCCUUUUUGGAGCUGGUAAAACCCAUAAUAAUUUUCUGUCCGUUAAUAAGAAUGAAUGUGGUAAUGUGCACAUCAGACAGAUCUAAUAGUCUCCCUUUGCGUUUUCUGCCUCAAGUAGAAAAGCAGCGUAGUGUUAAGGUGUGGAGCCAAAUGGGCCGGGAUGCUUCACACUGUCUCAUAGGCAUCUGAAAACUUCUGAGAAUUUCAAAUGAAAAACCAAUUUGUUUAAUUCUAGAUCGUUAAUCUACCCUUGGAAUGGCUGCAGUGUGAGCAGUGAUUUGUUUGCCCAUCAAAGGUACUGCACACAUGGGACAAGUAGCGUUUUUAAAGAUAUAUAUAUAUAAUUUCAGCUAUUUAUAUAUCACUUAAUCAUGAAUGUUUCCAAGUGGUGUACACAGAAAUUGCAAAAGCAUAUUAACGACUAAAAUAAAAUAAAAAAUCAUUAAAAACUCCAAA